CCUUCUUCGCUGUCGCGGCGCACAUUGAAAGUUUUGGUGAAGGAUUUGUACUUUGGACAUUGCAUAACAGCCUAUUAUUUGUCUUAUUCAGCGACGCCUUACCAGGAAAACGCACAUCGGCACAACUGACGAUGGGUUUUCAAGACACUGUUCUGCAGACAAUUGAAAGCGUCAAAGCUGCAGUCUAGGCGCCAGAGGCUGGAGAACACUGGACGUCCAUCGUGGAGAACUACAGGUGUGGGUAGGUCAUCGGCGGGUGAUCAGGCUGGCCUACGGGAUCAAUGCGAAGACUCGUCUGCCACUGUGGUCUUUCAGGAAUUAAUCUCUCACUCUCCGCUCCUCCCUGACUUCCACAGCAUCAGCUCUGGAUACGGCCUGGUCCAGGAUUAUGGAUACCUUGGCAUCAUUUUUUCACAGAGGGACACUUGGCAACCUUGAUCGGUCCAAACUACAGCUUCUGGCACUCUCUUCUGCUGGAGUUGGAGCAAUUUUGUGCUAUUUGUCAUGGAGGAAAGGGCCCAAAACAAUACCAAUAGGAGACGGCUGGUGGGGAGCUGGACAGAAGCCCUUAACUGAGGACAAAACCAUUCACAGAUUUGUUGUGAAGACCUCAGUGGAAGAGAUAGAGGAUCUGCACAAACGCAUUGAUCUAACACGUUUCACUGAUCCAUUGGAGGACAGCAAGUUUAAUUAUGGAUUUAACUCGACUUACCUUAGGCGGGUGGUCUCUUAUUGGAGGCACCAGUUCGACUGGGAGAAGCAGGUGAAGGUGAUUAACCAGUAUCCUCACUUCAAAACCAAAAUUGAAGGAAUAGACGUGCACUUUGUUCACGUGAGGCCUCUUCAGAAGUCUGGCCAGACGGUUGUUCCUCUCAUGAUGGUUCAUGGCUGGCCUGGUUCUUUCUUUGAGUUUUAUGGUAUAAUACCCUUGCUCACCAAGACCGAUUCCAAUGUGGUCUUUGAGGUCAUCUGUCCCUCCAUUCCAGGCUACGGCUACUCUGAAGCACCACAUAAAAAAGGAUUUAACACCAUGGAGGCUGCCCGCAUCUUCCUCAAGCUGAUGGAAAGACUGGGGUUCAAUGAGUUUUACGUGCAGGGAGGAGACUGGGGAGCCUUCAUUACAAGCAACAUGGCCCAGAUGAAACCAGAGUGUGUUCGUGGCCUGCACUUGAACAUGGUCAUUGCCAGGACAGACAGCACUGCACAGCUCCUCUCCUUGGUCAUCGGUCGCUACUUGCCAUUCUUGGUGGGCUUCACAAAGGAGGAUGUCAGACGACUUUAUCCAUACAUGGAGAAGAAUAUAUUUGACAUUUUGAGAGAAACCGGCUAUUUACACAUUCAAGCCACUAAACCAGACACAGCAGGAUGUGGACUGAAUGACUCUCCAGUCGGAUUGGCUGCCUAUAUCUUGGAGAAGUUCUCCUCUUGGACAAAUUUGGAAAACAGAGACUUGGAGGAUGGAGGUUUAGAGAGAAAGUUCAACCUUGACAAUCUGCUUACAAACGUCAUGAUCUACUGGACCACAUGCUCCAUCAUUCCCUCAAUGCGUUUCUACAAAGAGAACCUGAAGAAAGACUUCAAGACAAGGGUUGACAGAGUGACAAGUAUCCAUGUGCCGACUGGCCUGGCUGCCUUUCCUGAUGAGCUACUCCACUGUCCUCAAGCCUGGGCCAGCUCACGCUUUUCAGAUGUGCGUUCCUUCACUUACAUGCCCCGAGGAGGACACUUUGCUGCCUUUGAGGAACCGCAGCUCCUGGCUCAAGACAUCAUUCACUUUGCGGAGAAAGUGGAGAGCAAAAGCCACAAGUAACAGCUUUAUUUUAG